UUCAGUAUAAAAAGGAGAAAGCUGAUAGCAGCCCUUGAUUUUUGCAAACACAAAAGCGAAUUUUUCACUUCCCUACUUCUUCAACUCCACGGCGCUGAUCCGGGGAGUUCUGCAAGGCUAAUCAAUCCUUUAACAAUCUUUCUGUUCCUUUCAAUUCAAAGUUAUGGCAGGUUUGGCACCAGAAGGAUCACAGUUUGAUGGCCGUCAGUUUGAUGCCAAGAUGAAUGAAUUGCUCCAAGUUGAUGGUGGUGAUGAAUUCUUUACUUCCUAUGAUGAGGUUUAUGACAGCUUUGAUUCUAUGGCUCUUCAGGAGAAUCUUCUAAGGGGAAUUUAUGCCUAUGGUUUUGAGAAGCCUUCUGCCAUCCAGCAAAGGGGCAUUGUUCCCUUCUGCAAAGGGCUUGAUGUUAUCCAGCAGGCUCAGUCUGGAACUGGGAAAACUGCUACCUUCUGUUCUGGAAUCCUGCAGCAGCUCGAUUACGGUGUGGUUCAAUGCCAGGCCUUGGUUUUGGCACCUACUAGAGAACUUGCACAACAGAUCGAGAAGGUUAUGCGUGCCCUUGGUGACUACCUUGGUGUCAAGGUUCAUGCUUGUGUGGGUGGAACCAGUGUUCGUGAGGAUCAGAGGAUUCUUUCAGCCGGGGUUCAUGUUGUUGUUGGAACCCCUGGUCGUGUGUUUGAUAUGCUGCGGAGGCAGUCUCUCCGUGCUGAAUAUAUCAAGAUGUUUGUUUUGGAUGAGGCUGAUGAGAUGCUUUCCCGAGGUUUCAAGGAUCAGAUUUACGAUAUUUUCCAGUUGCUGCCAUCAAAGGUUCAAGUUGGGGUUUUCUCAGCUACAAUGCCUCCCGAGGCCCUUGAAAUCACCAGGAAGUUCAUGAACAAGCCCGUGAGGAUCUUGGUGAAGAGGGAUGAGCUAACCCUCGAGGGUAUUAAGCAAUUCUACGUGAACGUGGAUAAGGAGGAGUGGAAGCUGGAGACUCUUUGCGAUCUCUACGAGACCCUGGCCAUCACCCAGAGUGUCAUCUUUGUCAACACCAGACGGAAGGUGGACUGGCUGACCGACAAGAUGAGGGGCCGUGAUCACACUGUCUCAGCCACCCAUGGAGACAUGGACCAGAACACCCGAGACAUCAUCAUGCGUGAGUUCCGCUCAGGCUCCUCCCGUGUCCUGAUCACCACGGACCUCCUGGCCCGUGGUAUCGAUGUGCAGCAAGUGUCCCUCGUCAUAAACUACGACCUCCCCACCCAGCCCGAGAACUACCUGCAUCGUAUUGGUAGAAGUGGAAGGUUCGGGAGGAAGGGAGUUGCCAUCAACUUCAUGACAACAGAAGACGAGAAGAUGCUCAACGACAUCCAGAAGUUCUACAACGUCGUCAUCGAGGAACUCCCGGCGAACGUGGCUGAUCUUCUUUGAGCUGUUCUGCUCUUUUUUCUCUCUUUCAGGUUCAUCAUUCCGGUUCAAGUGGGGACCUUUUUGAAGUUUCUCUUAUUUUGCUCAAGCUUAGUCUGUUUUUUGAUUCUCGUUGCUUUUAUCUCUUAUCUAUUUAUUUUUGCGUAGAUAUAUGUAUGCAGCAUAUCGUUUGGGUGUACAUAUAUACUAUUGCAAUUUUGUCUGUAGGUAUAUUUCUGUAACGUAUUUAAAUUUUUGCCCCAAAUUUUGGUUAACAACUUAUUUCAGUCUUCAUUAAUUUUCGAA